CUGCCCUGGUGGCUUCGCCCUUGCUACUUCCUAACUAGGUUUGCAGGUCAAUUCUCUAAUCACUUGAUUGCGUGUGGCGUAAUACCUGCAAUUUUACAGCCAGUUCCCAAGGCUCAUUACUCCUUUGAUGUAUUACAACCACUCUCAGGAUGCUACUAA